AGAGCGGAGAAGCCGGGCUGGAGAGGGGGCGGGAGACAGGAAGGAGGGAGGGCGAGCAGAGGGAAGGGGAAGAGGUAGGGAGAGCUCGGGGGGAGAGCGGGCGGCCGGGAGCGCCCUCCCCUCGCCGCCAGUCCUCCGCUUCCCCUCGCCCGCUCCCGCGUCCGGGUGCGACCCGCCGCCGCCGCUGCCGCCGCCGCCGCCGCCGCCGCGCCCGCCAGCAUGCCCGGCGUGGCCCGCCCGCCGCUGCCGCUGCUGCUCUGGCUGCUGCUGCUCGCGCGCCCCGGCCGGCCGCUCGACUUGGCCGAUUACACCUAUGACCUGGGGGAGGAGGACGACGCAGAGCCCCUCAACUACAAAGACCCCUGCAAGGCGGCUGCCUUCCUUGGGGACAUCGCCCUGGACGAGGAGGACUUGAGGGCCUUCCAAGUGCAGCAGGCUGCGGAUCUCAGACAGCGUGCAACUGGCAGGUCUUCCAUCAAAGCUGCAGGUACACUGGUUUCAGGAAACUCCUCUACCCUCAACAGCCAGAACACUAGUAUGAAGCCUCAGAGAAGAAGCCGUGGGAGAUGGAAAAGCCGGUCCCGGAGCCGGCGGGCAGCAACGUCCAGACCAGAGCGGGUGUGGCCUGAUGGAGUCAUCCCCUUUGUCAUUGGGGGCAACUUCACUGGCAGCCAGAGGGCAGUCUUCCGGCAGGCCAUGAGGCACUGGGAGAAGCACACCUGUGUCACCUUCUUAGAGCGCACGGACGAGGACAGCUAUAUCGUGUUCACCUACCGACCCUGCGGGUGCUGCUCCUACGUGGGCCGCCGUGGCGGGGGCCCCCAGGCCAUCUCCAUUGGCAAGAACUGUGACAAGUUUGGCAUCGUGGUCCACGAGCUGGGUCACGUCAUCGGCUUCUGGCACGAGCACACACGACCUGACCGAGACCGCCACGUCUCCAUCGUGCGGGAGAACAUCCAGCCAGGGCAGGAGUAUAACUUCCUGAAGAUGGAGGUCCAGGAGGUGGAGUCCCUGGGGGAGACCUAUGAUUUUGACAGUAUCAUGCACUAUGCCCGGAACACAUUCUCCAGGGGCAUCUUCCUGGACACCAUCGUUCCCAAGUACGAGGUGAAUGGGGUAAAGCCCCCCAUUGGCCAGAGGACACGACUCAGCAAGGGGGACAUUGCCCAGGCACGCAAGCUCUACAAGUGCCCAGCCUGUGGAGAGACCCUGCAGGACAGUACAGGCAACUUCUCCUCCCCCGAGUACCCCAAUGGCUACUCUGCCCACAUGCACUGUGUAUGGCGCAUCUCGGUCACACCUGGGGAGAAGAUCAUUCUGAACUUCACGUCCAUGGACCUGUACCGUAGCCGCCUAUGCUGGUAUGACUACGUGGAGGUCCGAGAUGGCUUCUGGAGGAAGGCGCCCCUUCGAGGCCGCUUCUGUGGGGGCAAACUCCCCGAGCCCAUCGUCUCCACCGACAGCCGCCUCUGGGUUGAAUUCCGCAGCAGCAGCAACUGGGUCGGGAAGGGCUUCUUCGCGGUCUAUGAAGCCAUCUGCGGGGGAGAUGUGAAAAAGGACAAUGGCCACAUCCAAUCGCCCAAUUACCCAGAUGACUACCGGCCCAGCAAAGUCUGCGUCUGGCGGAUCCAGGUGUCCGAGGGCUUCCACGUGGGCCUCACCUUCCAGUCCUUUGAGAUCGAGCGCCAUGACAGCUGCGCCUACGACUACCUGGAGGUGCGGGACGGGCACAGCGAGAGCAGCACCCUCAUCGGGCGCUACUGUGGCUACGAGAAGCCCGACGACAUCAAGAGCACGUCCAGCCGCCUCUGGCUCAAGUUCGUCUCCGAUGGGUCCAUUAACAAGGCUGGCUUUGCCGUCAACUUUUUCAAAGAGGUGGACGAGUGCUCUCGGCCCAACCGCGGGGGCUGUGAGCAGCGGUGUCUCAACACCCUGGGCAGCUACAAGUGCAGCUGUGACCCUGGGUACGAGCUGGCCCCCGACAAGCGCCGCUGUGAGGAGCCGAGACUCCCGGGGGGUGACACUGCCUUCCUUGUGCCCCCAGCUGCCUGUGGUGGAUUCCUCACCAAGCUCAAUGGCUCCAUCACCAGCCCGGGCUGGCCCAAGGAGUACCCCCCUAACAAAAACUGCAUCUGGCAGCUGGUGGCGCCCACCCAGUACCGCAUUUCCCUGCAGUUCGACUUCUUUGAGACCGAGGGCAAUGACGUGUGCAAGUACGACUUUGUGGAGGUGCGCAGUGGACUCACGGCCGACUCCAAGCUGCACGGCAAGUUCUGUGGCUCCGAGAAGCCUGAGGUCAUCACCUCUCAGUACAACAACAUGCGUGUGGAGUUCAAGUCUGACAAUACGGUCUCCAAAAAGGGCUUCAAGGCCCACUUCUUCUCAGACAAGGACGAGUGCUCCAAGGACAACGGCGGCUGCCAGCAGGACUGCGUCAACACCUUCGGCAGCUACGAGUGCCAGUGUCGCAGCGGCUUUGUCCUCCACGACAACAAGCACGACUGCAAGGAAGCGGGCUGUGACCACAAGGUGACAUCCAGCAGCGGCACCAUCACCAGUCCCAACUGGCCUGACAAGUACCCCAGCAAGAAGGAGUGUACCUGGGCCAUCUCUAGCACCCCUGGGCACCGGGUCAAGCUGACUUUCAUGGAGAUGGACAUCGAGUCCCAGCCUGAGUGUGCCUAUGACCACCUGGAGGUGUAUGAUGGGCGUGACUCCAAGGCCCCCGUCCUGGGCCGCUUCUGCGGGAGCAAGAAGCCCGAGCCUGUCCUGGCCACUGGCAACCGCAUGUUCCUGCGCUUCUACUCUGACAACUCUGUGCAGAGGAAGGGCUUCCAGGCGUCCCACUCCACAGAGUGUGGUGGCCAGGUUCGGGCAGAGGUGAAGACCAAGGACCUUUACUCCCACGCCCAGUUUGGCGACAACAACUACCCGGGGGGAGUGGACUGUGAGUGGGUCAUCGUAGCCGAGGAAGGCUAUGGUGUGGAGCUGGUGUUCCAGACCUUCGAGGUGGAAGAGGAGACCGACUGUGGCUAUGACUACAUGGAGCUCUUCGACGGCUAUGACAGCGCUGCCCCCAGGCUGGGGCGCUACUGUGGCUCAGGGCCUCCUGAGGAGGUGUACUCGGCAGGCGACUCUGUUCUGGUGAAAUUCCACUCGGAUGACACCAUCACCAAAAAAGGCUUCCACCUGCGGUACACCAGCACGAAGUUCCAGGACACUCUACACAGCAGAAAGUGACCGCUGCCCUCACACGGCAGGGAUGGGAGACCUGCUGCCCUCGGUCACCUGAGCCGGACAGCGGGGGGCGGGCAGAAAGUGGGUACCCCAUCUCUCCCCCCUGGUGCCAGGACCUGCGGGCUGAUGGUCCUGGUGAAGCUGUCCUCGGGAGGUGGGGCACUGGACUCCCACAUGAGCUGCUGCCCCACGAUCCCUUCCUCCCUCGCCCCCAACCCUGGGAGUGAGGGGCCAGGGCCAGGGUGCCAGAGCUUGCCCUGAGACACUUGAAGUGGCCAUUCCUCUCUGGGGCCCAGCCCAGUGUGUGAGGACCCGCCCACCUUCCCCGCCCAUCUCCAAGCACCCUAUUGUGUAUAGCCAGUGGCAUAUCUUCAUUGUAAUGUACGUUUCCCACCCCUCCCCCCCCCCCAUUUGGUUUUGUUGGAAGCCCCCACCUCCCCGUUUCCUGGGGCGUGAAUUUCCGUGCAUGUCCCACAGGAGCCACAUGCGGCUGCGGCAGGAGGAUGAAGGAGAGGGGGUGGGGGCAUCAAGACAGGGCUUCUCUCAGGCCCAGCGGCUGGUCAGCCACACCAGGGCACCCCAGCCAAUAAACCGAAAGUGUUACAGCCA